GUUGAUAUACCAAACGCUACUGGUCACGCUUGUCUAAUAGCUCGUUCUCGGUCCCGGGCCGUGAACGGCUGCCCGUGAUACUACGUAACAGGCGAUGGCAACAACAUAAGUCCGCGUUUUGAUUUAAUACGAUGUAUUCUACAAGAACAACACGCGCGCCCCUGUUGUCUCAGUUUCUUAAGAAUGGCUGCAUUUCUUAGAUCGCCGGCUAAAUUCUGAAGUGGCAUCCGCGUCCAUCUCCGGCGGCAACGAGAUUGGCGAUCCAUGGUACUAGAUUACACGUGUCGCUUUUGGGCCUAAAUUUUUGCUGCCAGUAGAAUAAGAGUUGAAGUUUAAUUGUGCUCUUUUUAGGGUAGGCUACCAUUUUGUUGGAUUGAGGCUGUUCAUCACGUUUUCUUGCCUUGGUACGCGGUGUACCCAGUUUACGGCUUUAGGCCAGGCUCGUAUUUGUAUCUCCUUCUGCACUGCCUGCUUAUAAUCAAGACCCGAAGACUGGAGCAUACUAUGGUGCCUAAUUUCAACGGUAGCUAGCAUUGGCAUUGCAAUAUCGUCCAUUUUCAGUAUCUUGAUGCGAUAAACAACGCUGGCCAGCUUCGAACCAGGCGUCACAUGAGAAACUGCCAGGUUAGCCUCUCACGGUCAGUCACCCCGGUAUUCCGUUUCUCGGCCGCUUUGCUGAAAGCAGCGAGAUCUCGACGAUUCCGCCUAACUUGAUGACUGCAAAUGGCGAUCGCAUUGGGCUAGUUGCACAGUGACUCAUGCCGUUGGCUAUGGAUGCCUGCUUAGGCAGGCUCUUCACUGACAGAACCCUCCUAGAGUCCACUGCAACAGGCGCUGCGCCUCUGCGGGAGCGGCUGCCGGGAGGCCGCCUUACGGAACCUUGCCCAAUGAAGAAUGGCGGCAUGGCCCCACUGGCCAGUCAGGCAGUGCGCCUACAUGGUUUUGGUGCCUUGCCUUGCUUGAAUCUUCACGCUACUGCCUGGUGCAUGUGAAUCAAUAUAUAUAUAUAUACUGCGAUGCACGGCUUCCAAAAAAAAAAGCUCUACUUUUCCUCAUCAAUCUGUUCAUACUACCUAUCUCACCAAUCGUGCUGGGCCCAGGACGCCGUACUCUGAGCCGUGAACCACCAGGAACAACGCAACAUAUUUCCGCACGGCAGGGCCUACUUCAACCCUCGAUUUCACUUCACCAUGAAUCCUAUACAAGCUGCGGCUAACGAAACAUUGGCGGGCGUCCCCGCCCCUCACUUCGCCCUUAUUAAUUAUUUCUUCCCUGGAUACUCAAUGCUUAUAUCGACACUCAAUUCGUCAUUUGGAGCAGACUUUGAGCGCUAUCUACCAUACAUUAUUGCUCUGCUCGUGUUUAACUACCUAUGGGGCUACUUCGACGGUGUUGUAAUGGGAUGGAUUAACGCAUAUUUUGUCUCAUCAUUCACAGUUCGUACAGAUGAUGAGGCGUAUGACAUGCUUAUGCUAUGGACUACUCGCCAGACAUUUGCCCAGAAUACUCGACACUUUAUUGCCAACACCAAUGUAUUUUCACGAAACAGCUAUCAGUGGCGAUACAACGAAGAUGAUGAGUCGGACGACGAAGACGACGGGGCCGAAGUCGGCGAAGAUGGUGUCUCUGAAAAAGACGGAACAUCUGAUAAGAAAAAUCUUCUUCGCUUUACCCCUUCGCCUGGCCGUCAUUGGUUCUGGUAUAAGCGCCGCUUGCUCUGCUUUGAUCGCCAAGAGAAUAAGGAGCAGCAAAACUUUCGAAAUGCCAACGAGUGCGAAGUCCUAUCUAUUUCAUGCUUUGGAAGAGAUCCUACAAUCUUGAAAGAGCUCCUCAAAGAUGCUCGCGCAAUGUAUCUUAAGAAGGACGAUCUCAAGACCCUCAUCUACCGCGCAACAACCAACCACUACUGGCAGCGCUGUAUGUCACGCCCUAAUCGCCCAUUUUCGACAGUCAUUUUGCCUCAAGAUAUGAAGAAAAACAUUAUCACAGACGCAGGAGAUUAUCUCGAUCGCAAUACAAGACGAUGGUACGCCAACCGCGGUAUCCCUUACCGCCGCGGCUACCUUCUUCAUGGCCCUCCCGGUACAGGCAAGAGCUCAUUGAGUUUGGCAUUGGCUGGAUACUUUCGAAUGAAGAUUUACAUUGUCAGUUUGAGCUCCAAGGGCCUCAAUGAGGAGAAUCUAGCCAGUCUCUUUACGGAACUCCCCACACAUUGCAUCGUUCUUCUUGAAGAUAUUGACACAGUCGGCAUUACACACAGCCGUGAAAAGGCCGACGGCGACGACGACGAAAAGACUUCUGACGAUAAUAAUGACUCAUCUGCGGGACAGCUUACACUUUCUGGUUUGCUGAACAUCCUUGAUGGUGUCGCUGCUCAGGAGGGUCGCCUGUUGAUUAUGACUACAAACCACGUUGAAAAGCUGGACAAGGCUCUCAUUCGUCCUGGUCGAAUUGAUAUGAUGGUUCCAUUCAAACUAGCGGACCGCGAGAUGGCUGCAUCUAUUUUCCGCGCCAUCUACUCUCCUUUUGAAAACGAGUUAUCUACCAAACAUGUUCUCAACGGCACGAAUGAAAAGCUUGAUCCCGAGGAGCUUCAGAAGAAGAUCCAAACACAUCUGAGAAACCUUGAAGCUGAGGUUGAUGUGCUUGCUGAAGAAUUUGCGGCGCUUAUUCCUGAAGAUGAAUUCAGUCCUGCCGAAGUUCAAGGUCUCCUUCUUCGCCACAAGCUUCAACCACAGUCUGCUGUUGAUGCUGCUUUAGAAUGGGUCGAACACACUCGCCGAGAAAGGAAGCUUCGGGCGAAAGCUGACGCAGACAAAGCCAAGGCAGCAGCUGCAAAGAAGGAAGCUGCUAAGAAGGAAUCCGAGAAGAAGGAGACUGAAGAAAAGGAAUCCGAGAAGAAGGAGACUGAGGAAAAGGGAGCACAGAACGAGGCCAACGACGAAACCGACAGCAAUAACACCGAAGAAACCACCGCCACCAAAACUGACGAGUCUGAUACAGACGCAUCGUCUAAUCUGCUGACCGCUGGAGAGCAAGGUGAUUCGAAAGAUUCGUCUUCCGACUGUGGCGAGAAGAAGGGCACGUCAGAUUCAGGAUAUGAUACCACAUAAAAUAUCUGUAUUGUAAUAUGUACAAAAUUAGAAUAUAAGAAUUAGACAAAAUCAAAAUAAUACAUCAAACAGAUGUAGCGCUUUGGCCGCUGUUGGCUUGCGCAUUAUAAUGAAAUCAUUAACAAACCCACGUCAUAAUUAGCGUAUAAGAUAGAGGAGAAAAUAAAAAGGUAGGGAUACUGCUAGUUGGCAAUCUUUUCCAGGUAUUGUAGUGGAUGAGAACCUGUCACUUGCCGUCUGAAAGGUCUGCCAACUCAUGUUAUAUCAUCAAACUCGUUUGUACAGGCAAGCGCAUAUUCUGCCCAUAUUAGAACAUCUCACCAUUUGUGACAACUUAUAAUUGCACUGGAUGGCAAUAUAGACGUUGCGAUAUAUCAUUAGCUAAGUUAAUGCGGGAGCGCCGUGCUUCCAGCUUCUAUGCAAAGCUUAUUUGCGAUCAAACUCUCUAAGUGCUGAAUCAUACCAAUGUAUGAUAUUAUUCCUGCGAUUAACUGGCUUUCAGUAGACUAACAACAGGGUGGUGUCUACUUGGUGGAAUACAAAGUAGAGCGCCAACUCACGCUCACACCGAUCAGCUUCUAACAAGCCACUACCGAGACGAAGCAGAGACCGAGACCUGUGGCGGGUCAAUGUGUCUGCGCCAAUCGUCGCUAGCGUCUAAAUUUAAGACCUGGCAUGGAAUGUCUCCAGCAGCGCCUUAUGAAGUCGCUAGAUUGUUGGAGCGGAGAGUUCAUGGCAAAUCGAUUAUAAUGGAAGGAGAGCUUUCGUGGGCACAUUGAUCGUAUGACGUGCAAUCCUAGACUGUAGACAAUACCGUAUACCGUAACUAAAUUUUUCUUCAGUUGGCGGGCGAUUUCCUAGCGCGGCGCGCGAUGAUACACUACCGUACUAGUAAUGUAGCGCAAGGGCAUUGUGGAUGGAUCCCAGGAGGGGGAGAGGGUGCGACCACUCUGAUCGAUAGAAACGCCGUGGAUGGAAAGUCGUCUUCGCUACUCCUGUGCCCGCCGCGAUGUGUUGAAAAUAAAAUAGAACUGAGACAAAAGCCCUGGCAUCAGACAUCACCUAUUUAUUUGUGCGCGUAGUGUUCCAUCUCUGCAGUGGUGUAAUUCGAGAGGUUUCGAGAAAUGAGAUAGUCGACGAGAGGUUAUAGCGUUUUCGUAUUCGGAUCGUCGUUCGUUGUAGAGGCGUUGUUAACGGCAGAGUAGAGAGUCGACAGCAAAUAAGAUUUCAGAGGUCGACAAAGGAAAAAGAAUGAAUUGGAGUGUAUGCAGCAUCUAUGUAUCAAUGGGCAAAGUCUAUUGUUAUAUCAAGGAGAACAACUAUGGACCACCACGGAGACCGCAGAGGCAGGCUGCUGGCGAGCGUGAUUCGUGAAGCCCGAUGUGGUUCCGAUGACGAUGGAUACGCCUCUUAUUCGCACCAGUGGUUGCUCUGUACACUGUAGUCCUUGGUCGGGCCCCAACGCUUUUCGCAG